GUGCACUUUACAGGUAGACUGAGAUCAAGACUCAAACAGCAUGAUGUCUUCAGCAGUGGUAUUGAAUCUUCUGCUUCUAGUGUCCAUCGCUUCUGCAGGACAUUAUUAUGGAGGCUCACUGACCUUCACACCUAAAGGAACAAAUCCAGAUGGGAGCAUUAGGGUUGAAUUUCGCAUCAAGCAAAACUAUGAUGAGAUCUCGUGCUAUUAUCAACCAUAUAACUGCAUCUCUGGGAAUUGUGGCUAUGAGAGCAAUCUGGUCUAUGGUAAGGUUGACCGCAGCUCUAAUGGCAGGAGUGGUUACACUAACACUUGGUGCCAAAAUGAAGCUGUGGUCACAAGAAAUAUUCACGGAAAUGCACCAUUUGAUAUGCAGGAUUAUUCCUGCUGCUGGGUGCCCACAGUUAACUAUGUUGGUUCUUGGAGACUCUUGACACACGUAGAUCUUGGCAUAAGAGCUGACACAAAUAAACCCAACCACUCCCCUAUCACCACUAGUUUACCACUUAUACGUGUUCCUCAAAACUGCCCUCGUACGUACCACUUGAUGGCCUUUGACCCAGAUGGCGAUCAGGUCAGAUGCAGAUAUGGACUUCAGCAAAAUAGUGAAUGUGACACGUGUGACCAGCCAAGUGGUUUCAACCUAAAUCAGCAUGCCUGCACUUUAGAGUACAGCAGUACUUACAACACAGGAGUCUAUGGAUUUGAGUUGGUUCUAGAGGACUUCCCUAAGAAACACACAAAUCUCGCCUACACUGAUGGCUCCCGGUCUUAUAGGUGCCCUCUAGGGAGUGCAAGACAAAACACAAUGACUACCACUGUGCCUCCAACUACUCCAUGGUGGUUGUGGUAUCACCAACAAACUACCACAGUUCCACCUACAACUACCACUGUGCCUCCAACUACUCCAUGGUGGUUGUGGUAUCACCAACAAACUACCACAGUUCCACCUACAACUACCACUGUGCCUACAGCUAAUCCAUGGUGGUGGUGGUAUCACCAACAAACUACCACAGUUCCACCUACAACUACCACUGUGCCUACAGCUAAUCCAUGGUGGUGGUGGUAUCACCAACAAACUACCACAGUUCCACCUACAACUACAACUGUGCCUACAGCUAAUCCAUGGUGGUGGUAUCACCAACAAACUACCACAGUUCCACCUACAACUACAACUGGGCCUACAAGUACUCCAUGGUGGUGGGGGCCUCAGACCACAACAACAAAAUCGCAUCAGCGUUCUUACGAACCAUUUAGCAAGAUCCCGCUGCAGUUCAGUUUUCUUGUUGACCCACCUGCUCCGUCCUGCACUGAGGGACUCUACAUACCUCACUUUUUGUCACCAACUCCACACGAUGGAGAACGACUACACGGUGCACCACUCCGUGAGCUAGAAAUUCGGGUUAAGGCCACAGCAGCUUAUACAACGGUUAAUGAUGUCAUCAUUAGUGGCCCUCUUAACAUAACUAAGCACCCUAUGAGUUCUGGAGAGUACGCCAUCAGAUGGACACCAAUGAGGGACGAUCUUGGAGAAAGUUUCCCCAUAUGUUUCAUUGCUGAAAGCUCAGAUGGAAUGAACAUUUAUCAGUCUGAAAUGAGAUGUGUUAUUCGUCACAAUUGGACGUCAAGACGUUAAAGCGAACGUGAUUUGCACCGAAAGCAACAUGGUGGUUGAAAUUGAGCAGCAGAAUUCUGUCGGGCUACACAAGGACUUUCUGCGACUCAAUGAUCCUGCCUGUACCCUGGACUCAAACGGCACUCAUGUGCUAGCA